GCCGCGUUGAUUCGACGAGCCCUCUCAAUGGCCUUCAACGCUCCAGGCCGCCCAUCUCAUCUUCUCGCCAGUCACACCCAUCUCUGCCCGUCGACAUGAGUCUCCGUCAAACCCAGCGGAGUUCAAGCCUAACCCUAAGUUUCUUUACAGGCCCUCUGCGUUUUCGUCUUUGCUCGAGGCAUGUGCCGCUAGUUGCUCCCUCUCGUCCUCAUUCCGGACUACCGUAUUUUGCCUUGCUCCGCCGACGUACUCAUGAUGAUCUUCGGCACGACCACGCAUUUCCGGAAGUGCCCACGAAGUGAUUCUGCAUCGGAUUGUAUUGGGUUUUUGAGAGAGACAUACAGAAUUUUGUCCGAGAUGCUAGUGCUCUGAUCUCCGUCAAAUCCCGUCUAGCCACACUGAACUGCAAAAUCGGCGGGAUUUCGGCGGAUGAAAAGAGAAGCGUUUCCGGGAAGACACGAAUUCUUCUUUGCUCACCAAUAAAACUGGUCGAUCGCUUUCGUGGAUAUCAGAAAGGCGUGUUGGAACACUGUCAAGGGAGUGAACCACAUUACGGGCGGACUUGUACGCAAAAUGUCUGGAUGGGAUGUUCUGUGCAACAGUGCUACAUUGCCAAGACGCGAGCCACAUACCGAAAGCCAGAGCGGCUUAUGCUUCAGCAUCCUCUCCGCUGAGCCAUGCCUUAUGCGUCGACUUUCUAUGAGGGUUGAAUACAUUGCGUGAGCUCAAACCCCGGCGAGUUUUAUGUCUACUAAAGAUCGCCGAGAGUUCUCUUGCCUCACUGAGUGCUCCUCUUGACCAUGGGAGCAACUUUGGGGUAGGAGGGAAGCUCUGAAGCGCCGGCGUGCGCAUCAAAAGUGACACCGACGGCCAGAGGUGGAUGGCGAACCCGAGGUGGGACAAACGGAGAGGAUCGACUAUCAAUUGCAUGUGUGAACGCAGGGGGAGGUCUGCGAAUGACAUUGACAAAGAGGGUGCGAUGAUUGCACUUAAGAUAUUUUGUGAUGCAUAGAUACUGUCAAGCUAUUCGUAUGUGUCUAACUUGUGAAGGUAUCUAACUCCCGCCCCCAAUCUCUGCCCUUCCGUGCCACAGGAAGGCAGAGGUGCGGAAGACCCUGCGCUUGAGUAACUCUCUCUGCGCCUUUCCCUUAUUAGCCAAUCUACCUUUACAGAUCCGGUCCUUGGUACCUACGGCCGUCUAACGAAUGCACGAAUGCGAGGUUCGUCGUGUUUAAUACGCACGUAUCUACGAAGACCCGACUAUGCUUUUAGUCAUCUCGUUCUGUGAUGUGUCAUUUCAAGCUCUCGGACAAAUGGUCCCGCCUGCGCUUCUUCUGUCCGUCUAAUGAUGCCUGCGGCAGUGCAUAAGAUCCUUCUGGUCCUACUUCUCUUUGGAUGAGUCGCGAAAGGAUCUCGUCUCGUUGAUUUUGCCAUAACUUGGGGUUGAAGAUGCAGACUCCUGCGGGAAGAUUGCAUAGAGGGACACGCUCACGCUCGCCCCAAGUGUGGUAUGAUCACUGUUGAUUGAGGUCUGGCGAUGUGUCCUCUUCCCAACAGAGUAGACCAUGGGAGCUUGUGAUAUUUGCUUAUGGUGGAGGACGGAUAGUCGAGUACAGUGACGUUGGUCGAGGGCAGACACAGAAAUGCUCAUCCUUUGCGGGACGAUGAAAAGGCUGUCGGCGAGUAGCUAGCGUGCGUGGUAAGCGUGAAAGAACGCGUGUAGAAAGGAUGGCUGGAUACGGGGCGUAUAGGCUAGGCAGAAGGUUGGACUGGCUAAAAGAUGGGGAGAGGUGGCGGAAAACGCGGAGCUCGGAGGCGGUCUUUGCAGAUAGCUGACGAGUGGAGCGGAAGUACGGCGGAGCACAGGGAGAGCGAGCAGGUGCAGGCCCGCUUCAGUGAAGCUGUCUCCGCACUCGGGGGAGAAACGCGUUCAUUGAUGCACAACCGUUUUUGGAAACUGGGGCAUCACGUGCAUGCAUGAGCUCUUCGAGGGCUUGUGUCAUCAAUUUUUGGAUUACUCCACCACGCUCCUUGCGACGCGUCUAAUCUCUUUAUGUACAUACUGCAAAGUGUGCAAAGUGAAAUGCCAAGCCAAUGGAGCAUGCAUAAUAUGGAUAUUUGAUGCCUGAUUCUCCUCCGGCACGAGUGAACCCCUCGAUGAUGCAACAUGACGUUGUCUACUUUGCCCCUUCAUAUUAUGCAGCCGUGCAAUCCUCCAUGUAUCGUCCAUACUAACACAUCCUUCCAGUUCCCUCAAUCCCUUGGCAUUCUUCGCCAUGCCAUCACGUCGUCGCCAUGAAGGUGAGAAGGCAUCCUCUAGUGAAGCUGACCAACCCCGUUCUCGGUUCUCCUUUGGUCUUUGGCUUCGCCUACAUGGCGCGGACCUUAUCACAAUGGCCCUGAUGGGUGCAGUUGGACUUGGCAUAUACGAAGCUCCUCCCGCGCCAAACAGGAGCUUUCCUGUCUAUAAUCUUGAUGGAGGACUAGCAUAUCCUGAGUUCGCAUAUCCGUUGCGAAAGGAAGUCGUCCCUAUAUGGCUUGCUGCCUUCAUAGCCUUCAUGGCCCCCUUUGUUUUCUUUGUCCUGUUCCAAAUUCGCAGGAGAAGUAUUGAGGACUUGCUGACGACAACUAUGGGUCUACUCAAAUCUCUUAUCACGGCUGCUGUAUUCCAGGUUUGGCUGAAGUGGCUCAUUGGCGGACUGCGUCCACAUUUCUACGCUGUAUGCCAGCCAAAUGUGCCUUCAGGGGCUUCCCAGCGUGGAAACGGUUUUCAAAAUAUUAUGUACGACCGGUCGGUCUGUACCGGCGACAAGGAUGUAAUAGACGAUUCUCUAGAGUCGUUCCCUUCUGGACAUUCCACUGCUGGAUUCGCCGGUCUCAUAUAUCUGGCGCUCUACUUCAAUGCGCAACUCAAGGUCAUGUCAGCACAUAACCCAGCGUACUGGAAAAUGAUAAUCUUCUUCGCUCCCAUCCUUGGUGCAACCCUGAUUGCUGGUGCUUUAACUAUUGAUGAAUUCCACAAUUGGUAUGAUGUGCUUGCAGGCGCCGUGAUCGGAACAGCAACUGCUUUUGUCGCAUUUCGCCAGACGUUCGCAUCCGUUUGGGAUUUCCGCUUCAAUCAUAUCCCCCUUCCGCGGACAUCCUCGCUGUUCCUUUGGCAUGGUCUGCAAAGUGCUCAUGGAUCGCCACCUCUCUCAGGAUUCGCAGCUAACGGGCCAUUCUUCACGUACCGCUGGCAGCCAGCAGGCGCAGUGUUACCUUCGUGGUCACUUCCAGUGGCUCGCGAAGGAGGCUGGGGUUCACUCGAAGAAGAGCAUGUUGGUGCGCCAUUUGAUGCGACUGCGAUGAGUUUGGGCGGUGUUGGGGGAGGUGCAGCUGGGGGAUAUGGACCUGGAACUGGUGGGGGAGCACUUGGAAGGGCAGAAGCGCAGACUGGCGGUCGUCGCUAUCGUCCUUGAUUUUUUGGGUUUAACGGACUCUUUGACUGGUUAUUUUGCAUGCAUAUCUUUCUUUCGAAAACAAUUCAUGUCCUUUUCUUGACAUCGUGCACAUUUCCUUGUCUCUAGCUUUUCAAUCACACACGCCAUAAUGUAAUGCAUCCCUUUCGAAAACGGCCAAAUGCUUGUGCAUUUGGAAUAUACUAUAACACUCCAUACACUCUAUACACAAUACGAUCUUCAUGCAGACUGCCGUUUCAGGACGCGUCGCGACGCGAACGUGACAACCGCUUCCCGCCGGUUCGGCGCCUUUCCUUUCUUUCCCUGCUUCUCCAACAUUUCAGACCCUCGGUGUACUAAAUUCAACUUGAAUCACCAUGUCUAACCAAACUUUCACGCCGACUGAUGCUGUCGAUAUGAACAAUGAACGCGACUGGGCACCGAGAAUUGGUAUGCAAGGAUUGGGACUCAACGCAAAUCGUAUUCACGAAACGUACUCUCCUCGAGUUCCUCAAAUACACUGGCACGACCGUCGAUACCAACUUUUCAAAUAUCUCAAAGCUUCCUCGAUAUGCGAAGUUCGGCAAAUUCUCUUCGGAUGCACCCGCGGAUACGGAAGCAAUCACCCAGCAGCUCGAAAAAACCGAAUUGACGUCAAAGGAAGAAGAUUCAGCAUAUAGGCCCUCCCGUCGAGUUAGAACAAGCCCAGGAGGGCCGAGUUCAGGGUUAUUUGAAGAGGAAUUCGCUGAUGAUGCUUUGUCGAAAGCCCCACCCCAAUCAAAGGCUCCCGCGCCGGAACCCGCCGUCGUUGCAAGUGCAGCUACAGAAAUCUCGGAUGAGCCCACCAAGCCAACUAGCGGAGUGCGCCCUAGCAGACGAGUACGCGAGAAUCCAGGUGGUAAAGACUCGCUCUCCGGUGGGAUAUGGGGAGAGCCCGAAAACGUGGAAUUCAAACCAAUGCGCAGGGUUCGUCAAGGUCCUGGAGGACAGGACUCCAUUGGUAAUAUAUUUGGCUGAACGUUGGAUGUGGGUAACAAUGAGAUGACUAUAAAGAACUGCCGAAAGGAACAUAUUGCUUACGAGAAGUUGUUAUUUAUGGCGGAACUGUGCCCAUACUUUCCAUUGUCGUGCUGCCUUUUGUGUUGUGAGGGAGUCUGAGACAUUACGUCUCGGCUAUGGCUUGUGCAAAAUACCAUGUACCAUACCUAGUACAAGUAUGCGUGCCGAUGAUGAGACAUGCAAAGCUGAAAUCUGAUUGAGAAAGAGUAACACACGGACUUUGUAGUGCUCUGCCUAAUUAGGUUUGGGGGCUGUGGACAGCUAUCACGCUCUCAGCAAUAUUAUUAUCCCUCUUUCGAUUCCGC